CAACACUGUCUGGUGGCAGUAAUUUUAGGUUAUCUCUUUUUCAUUUCAGAAAAAGGCGAACCAUUACCCAUUUAUUUCAGCACAGUUUGAAUAUGUAAUUAUUACAAAUUACGGGAGUCUCAUAAGGGUUCAUGAUGUCCGAAGUUGAUGGCUCUGCGCCUGUGAAACUUGAACUGAAACUAGAAGCAGAAAUAAAUUCAUGUCUUGAGAACAGCAUUUUCGUAAACAACUCGGCAUGGGCAUCGGUGAAAGACGAACCAAAAGAGACCAUCGGUGGAGGGUGCUCCACAUUUUUGCACCAUGUAGACCAGCCGCAACAAAAGGAUUGUGGCUCGGGUCUGGAACCCGGAAGCUUAAAAGAAUUUAAGUGUGAGCUUGAAUACCAUCAUACAAGUAAUACAAAGUUUAAAUGUGACGUUUGUGAAUACGCAACAGAUGUCAAACGGCAACUUCAGUCGCACCAUUUAAAACACAAAGAUACUAAAGAUUUCAAAUGUGACAAUUGCGAUUAUACCACCCAUCGAAAGUUUAGUUUAAACCGCCACCUGCUAAGGCACAAGGUUACAACUGAUGAUUUUAAAUGUAAUAGUUGUCAUUAUGCAACAAAUAACAAAUAUCAUCUUAAAUUCCAUCUAUUAACUCAUAAAUUUGCUAAAAUUUUUAAAUGUGACACUUGUGAUUAUAGCACCCAUCGUAAAUCCAGUUUAAACCGCCACCUGCUAUUGCACAAGGAUACAAAGGAUGAUUUUAAAUGUUACAGUUGUGAUUAUGCAACGAAUAAUAAAUGUCAACUUAAAUACCACCUUUUAACUCAUAAACUUGCCAAAGAUUUUAAAUGUGAUGCCUGUGAUUAUGCGACAUACAAUAAAAGAUAUUUGCACGAACACCUCAAAAUUCAUGAAAUUAACAAACGCUUCAAAUGUGACAUUUGUAACUAUGCAACAAAUAUUAAAUGUAAUCUUAAACGUCACAUUUUAACUCACAACAGUUCCACCGAUUUUAAAUGUUACAGUUGUAAUUUUGCAUCCAAUAUUGAACUUGCUUUUAAACAACAUCUUUUGACACACAAACUUUCUAAAGAUUUUAUAUGUAGCACUUGCGUUUAUGCAACUAAUAACAAAACUCACUUUAAACAACACCUUUUAGCGCACAAGGAUGGCAAAGAUUUUAAAUGUCACAAAUGUGAUUACGCAACAAACGUCAAACAACAUUUUAAAAAUCACCUUUUAACUCACAAAGUCGUUAAAGAUUUUAAAUGCGAUAGUUGCGAUUAUGCGUCGCAUAUUAAACGUUAUUUGAUACGGCACCUACUAAUACACAAAAAUUCCAAAGAUUUCAAAUGUACCCAUUGUGAUUAUGCAGCGCACGAUAAAUUCAGUUUAAAACUCCACCUCUUAAGACACAAGGAGUCGAAAGAUGACUAUAAGUGUUACAGUUGCGAGUAUUCGACAAAUAUUAAGCAGCAUCUUAGAUACCACGUUUUAACUCACAAAGUUGCCAAAGAUUUGAAAUGUAACAUUUGUGGUUACGCAACACACUACAAAUCCAGUUUGAACCUUCAUCUCUUGACACACAACAAAGUUUCAAAAGAUGAUUUUAAAUGUUACAAUUGCGAUUACGUAACGAAUAUUAAAUGUCAUCUGAAGUCACACCUGCGGAGUCAUAAACUUGCGAAAGAUUAUCAGUGUAACAUUUGCGACUAUAGAACACGUUAUAAAUCCGGUUUGAACAUCCACCUCUUACGGCACAAGAAAGUUUCAAAAGACGAUUUUAAAUGUUACAAUUGUGAUUAUGUAACAAAUAUCAAAUGCAAUCUUAGAUCACAUCUUUUGACUCACAAAGUUGCAAAAGACUUUAAAUGUGACCACUGUGAUUAUUCUGCAUACAGUAAAAGUUGUUUGAACCGGCACCUCAAAGUACAUAAAAUUAUCAAACUCUAUACAUGUGACAUUUGUAACUAUACAACGAAUAUUAAAUGUAAUUUUACUCGUCACCUUCUAACACACAAAAGUUAGAAAGUUGUCAGAAAAGAACAUGUGGCUCCUAAUGGUACAAUAGCAACUGUCACAUUUGGAAUUGUGCGUUUUUUACAUUGUAAUUGUAAUAUAAUUACUAUAUUUUAUAAGUAGUUAAGAUGAUAAAGUGAAAAUUGCAUUGUAGCACAUCUUUAUUUAAAUUAAAUUUUAUUUCAGUUCA